UUUCGUGAUAAGUAAGAGAGGGGAUUGAUUGCACACUAAAUGAUACGUUAGGAAUUAACAAAAUUUUCGAGUGAUUUCUUAUUUAGUUUUAUUUUAUUCGUGCUGCCGUCUAGACGUGUCGUGUCUGUUGUUAAAAUAAUUAAAAUGAGUGUAAAAGAAUGUUGUCAUGGCCCUGGUUAUGCCACUCCAUUAGAUGCCAUGAAAACUGGUCCUAGAGAAAAAUUAUUGUACACUAUAACUGUACAACCCAAUUUGGACGAACCUCAUGGCGACUAUCUAUCAACUGUAGAUGUGGAUCCAGAGAGUCCAACAUAUUGUCAAGUUAUUCAUCGCACAUUUACCAAUCGCAAAGGCGAGGAAAUUCAUCACACGGGUUGGAAUGCCUGUUCAAGUUGUUACUAUUUGGACAAAGAUGCCAAACGUAUUCCUAAGAGAGAUAAAUUGAUAAUGCCUGCAGUUAAUUCCGAUAAUAUAUAUGUAAUGGAUGUUGUGACCAAUCCUCGUAAGCCCGAAAUUAUUAAAGUAGUCGAUGGAGAUGUCCUCAAGAGCCACAAUGUCACAGCCCCUCACACCACUCACUGUUUGGCUGAUGGCAACAUAAUGAUUUCCACAAUGGGCGAUGCCGAGGGAAAUGCCAAAGGUGACUUCAUACUUUUUGAUUCAGAAUUUAAUUGUUUGGGUACCUGGAUUAAAGGGGACAAAAAACCUCUUUGUGGUUAUGAUUUUUGGUAUCAGCCAUAUUUUGAUGUUAUGGUAUCCUCAGAAUGGGCAGCACCUAAAAAAUUCAGAAGGGGUUGGAGAGACGAAGACAUUAAUGAUCUUACUGAAUAUGGAUGUCGCAUAAAUUUCUUUAAAUGGUCAACACGUACCUUAUAUCAAACAAUUGAUUUGGGACUUGAGGGUUUUACUCCAUUGGAAAUACGUUUUAUGCACGAUCCCCUGAGACCUGAGGGUUUAGUCGGUUGUGCACUCAAUGCUAAUGUUUUCUAUUUCAAAAAGAAGGAAGAUUCUGAUGAAUUUGAUUGCAAAAAAGUCAUUGACAUUCCGUCCAAAUUGGUAAAAUUCGGCGACAAUGAACCUCAAGAAGUUGGUGGCAUGAUUUCAGAUAUUGUGUUAUCUCUCGAUGAUCGUUACUUGUAUCUUAAUCUCUGGCGUCAUGGUGAUGUUCGUCAAUAUGAUAUUACUGAUCCUGAAAAUCCAAAACUGACAGGUCAAGUAUUUUUGGGUGGUCCAGUAUGCAAAGAUUUAGAUGACGUUAAAGUAAUAGAGGACAGAGAGAUGGAUGAACGCCCAGAGCCAGUGUAUCUGAAAGGAAAGCGCCUGGAAGGUGGACCUCAAAUGAUGCAAUUGUCCCUGGAUGGUAAACGAUUAUACGUUUCAACAUCUCUAUUCUCUCGAUGGGAUAAAAUGUUUUAUCCAAAAAUGAUUGAAAAGGGUGGUCAUAUUUGCAUGAUCGAUAUUGAUAUCGAGAAUGGUGGAAUGAAAUUAAAUGAAGAUUUCUUUGUUGAUUUUGGUAAGGAACCGUAUGGACCAGCAUUACCUCAUGAAAUGCGUUAUCCUGGUGGUGAUUGUACAUCUGAUAUCUGGUUAGCAAGAUAAAUACUAUGUAGUAAUGGAACAUUUUUAUACUUUUUUAUAAGAUCAACUAUAGAAAUUAAUAUAUGUAUGUUUAAAUUUGUAAAUAAAUAUUAUUCGCAUUUUUUAUUAUUAA